AUGAUACUGAUUGUGACUACAGUUCCAGCUAAAAAGUUGAUUAUAACUGAUGAAACAAACAAUCAAAUGAUUGAUUCACUUGGAGCUUCUUAUGGUGAAGGAACCAGUUUAAAAUUAAAAUGUAUCGCCUAUGGGGGCAAACCAGCUCCUUCUGUCCACUGGUAUCUAGAUGAAAAUUUACUGGACGAUACAUUUACUUCAAAAAUAACGGAAGAUGGCCUAAUCUCAAUCAACGAGCUGACCAUUCUAAAACUGGGACGAUCUCAUACAAAUAAACUUUUAUCUUGUAAAUCUUUCAAUACUAAUUUAACUCAAUCAAUUAACAAUUCGCUAACUUUAGAUAUUAAUUUAUAUCCUUUAUACGUAAAAAUCAUAUCAAUUAAACGACCAUUAUCAUCAAGUAAAUCAACAGAGCUUCAAUGUGAUUCAAAGGGAUCACGUCCUGGAGCCAAGAUUACCUGGUAUCUAAAUAAUAAACUGGUCACUUCAUCAAGAGAGAUGAAUUCGGAAACCAAUGGAUCAAUUAGUAGCUCAAGUAUAUUAAAACUGGUGCCUUCCCCAUCCGAUAAUGGAGCCUUGUUAUCAUGUAAAGCUGAAAAUCCUCGCCUUUUAAAUAGUUCAAUUAAAGAUGAUUGGAUUCUCAAUAUAUACUAUAAGCCUAAUGUUAAACUUGUCUCAAGAUUAAUAAAUCAUCAAAGUGAGAUUAAAGAGAAUGACGAAAUUAUCUUUGAAUGUAUUAUCGACUCUAAUCCAGGGAUUAAAGAGAUUGGGUGGACAUUCAAUGAAGUACCUCUUAAAGUUGAUGAAAGUAAAGGAAUAAUCAUUGAUAAUACAACACUCGUUAUCAAAGUUGCUGAUAAAAGUCACUCAGGUGAUUAUUCAUGUUACGCUUUCAAUAUUGAAGGUAAAGGAUCCAGUAACAGGGUAACCAUAAAAGUUAAUCAUUCUCCGGUUUGUGUUAAAGAUCAAAAAUCGAUUUAUAUCGUUGGCUUAGGUGAGACUAUUCGAGUUUCCUGUUCCAUUGAAGCUGAGCCCGGUGUUACUGAAAUCAUUUGGAAAAUAAAUGAUACUCAACUUGAGAAAGUUUAUCCCAGCUCAGAAUCUUCAUCAUCCAAACCUUCAUUAUCAUCUCUAUUUUUAAGUGAUCUACUUUACUCACCAAGACGAUUAGAUGAUUAUGGUACUUUGAUAUGUUCUGCUCGUAAUAAAAUCGGAAUCAUUAAUAAUCCAUGUCAAUUUAUCGUAAUGCCUGCAGGUCGCCCUGAGCGUAUGACUGAGUGUCUUGUCAGUAAUCAAACUGGCGAAUCAUUGACAGUCUCAUGUACCCCUGGACAUAAUGGUGGACUCAAUCAAACAUUUUACUUACAAGUUUAUGACUAUCGCAGGGAAAAGCUGCUCUUUAAUUUGACUUCAAUUUAUGCACCAAAUUUUCUUGUCAACGGACUAACGGCUGGAUCAAAUUACAUAUUCGAUGUGUACUCGUCCAAUCCUAGAGGUUCUUCUAAUACAACUACACUUGUUGCUCAAACGCUUCCCAUUCAAAAGCACAAACUUGGAACAGCCGAUAAUUUAACUGAGAAAAAAUUGGAUCCCUAUCUUGUCGUGUUCUCAGCGCUCAUCUUAACAAUUACCUUGGUGGCCAUUAUUAUUAUACUGAUAAUAAGAAUUCGUAAUCAUGAAGAUAAAGUUGACCCUAAAAAGAAGCUUAAAACUAUUGAGUAA